CGGUACUUAAACGGGUGCACAGCUCAGCGUCCGAGCACGAUAGAAACCCGUUUGGCCUUAAAAACGUCCCAUACCUAGUUAGAGACAAACUUUAGAGACAAACGUUACAAAGGCUACAUUUAAAUUCAUUAUGACUGACAUUAACACGUCUAGCGAAGUGAAAUGUACCGACAGAAUCCGAAAUAUACCGAAGGCCGGGAAACUAAUACCUCCAGGAGACAGUGUCAAAAUCUGCUUACGAGAAGUGGAAAGACCCACGACUCCACCGGUGGUGAGGAAAUUCCGCAAUAGCAACCAGCCCGGACCAGGAACUAUCAGAGUCCACACAGGGAAGGCAAAUGACCCAGAUGUUGGCAGCACUCUUGUUCAUGGUGUCAUCACCAAAGCACCCCUCACUGGUGAAAGCUUGCUAAAUCCAUCCCCAAAGACCUUGUUCCAGCAGAAGUUACAAGAGCUAAGUGAAUCUGUAUAUGCCUCAAAUAAGAAGGCUCCUCUAGGCAGAUCAUGUGUCCAACGUUCUGAACUCCCCCCAUUGUAUAAUGAGAAAACUACAUUUGGCGUAAAAACAGUAAAAGGUUUGGGUGUGCGUGAGAUCAUUAACCCUGCAAAAACAGCACAGGAGGUAGAGAGGGAAGCUGAGGUGGCACAUGAUGCUUACAUCCGUAGCCAUAAUGCCUAUUUUGUUGGUGAACAAAUUAAUAGAAAUUAUGACUGGACUCGUUACAGUGAAGACAGCAGGUUUGGGAUCCUCACACCUCAUUUCAACGAUGGCCGUAAUCUUGGCAAAACUCUUCAUUGGCUGGGGGAAUCACAGAAGUUUUACAAUCCAGCUGCUUGGAAGAGAUCUGGGAACAGAGAGAAGAUAGCACAACAAAUGGGCAAAACUAUCGUCAAGAGAGAAAAAACGUUGCCUGUUCCGCCUGAUCACACGUUUGGAAUGGUCUUACCACCGGAUGAUUUUGGCAUUGGAGAGCUGAUCUACUCCACAGAUCCAAGGCAGUACACGAGAGGCCCAGACAGACAGCGCAGCCUGGUGAAUGCAGUGAGGCAUCACCUCAAGAAGGUCAACUUUGAAAACUUCCCCUCCUUGCUAAAGGCAUUCAGACAUUAUGACAAGAAAGGAAAGGGGAUGAUUGACAAAGAGGACCUGCGUGCAGUGUGUCAUCAGUUCCAGCUGAACGUCAGUGAGUCGGUCCUGGAUGACCUGAUGAACUACUGUGACACAGACAAGGACGGGUUUAUCAACUUUCUGGAGUUUGCCAACUUUCUCAACUGGAAGGACAAAAUGCCCAUCAACAGUCGAGAGCAGUGCAUUAUUACAAAUGAGCGUCAAACCAGCUCAGCUCCAGGUGACAUAGAAAGACUGACAGCACAGCUUCCUGCCUGUCGGUUGGUUGAUCCUGAGGACUUGGAGCCUGUUGAGCCAGGCAGCUCACUGAAAACUCUUAGAAGCCUUAGGCAGACAAGGGCAGCCCCAGACCACUUUAGAACUACCUCCUCCCUCAUCGGGGCUGCAGGUGCUGGUCGUUUCCCAUCAGAUGGACGUAAGUACGGGAUCCCAUCUGUGCGCUCAGAUCUUCCAGCUCCUCGCAUUAAAAGAGUCAGUGACAAAAACAAUUAUGGCGAUACAUCCACAGCUGCAGAUCUUCUACAUCCAUCAGUUCAUGCCCUGCAAGGUGUUUAUGAGGAACAUUUCUUCUGUCCUCGCAGCAAGGAGGAGAUUGCAACGAUCUUCAGGAAUGCUGGUGUGAAUAUUUCGGAGGAGACGUUUGAGGAAGCCUGGGAACUCGCGUCAAUGAAGCAACCGACCAGGGAGGUUUGUGUGGAGAAUUUCCGCAACGUUCUCAGGGAAAUAAAAGCAAUGUAA